CUGAUGUUAUCCAAUCCCAAUGAAAAACAAAUACGCCAUCGCAACCGUCUGUAUAGUCUCCGUAAUCAUCUUCCUACUGAUCUCUCAAAGAACACUGGACGUAUUUUUUGCAAAUUACACGUCACCCAGACUGUCAAACUCUACCAUAUACGGCUCAGGCUGCCCAGAAAAUCCGUUCCACAAACGUUUGGAAACACUAUUCCGUACUUGGGUGUCGAUUGCAACUCGUAGAAAUCUCACUUAUUUUGUUUGCUACGGAGCGUUACUGGGCCUCCACCGAGACGGGGAUGUCAUUCCUUUUGAUAACGAUUUGGAUGUAUGUAUAUUCCGAAACGAACUUUAUAAACUCGAAAUGGAAGACGAGCCGAAACCGUUCAAGGCAGACGAUGGGAGAACACAUUUGAUUUAUCAACGACACUGCCAUCAUCCAAAAAUAGACACGCCUCGGAAAACCUGCAAAGGCUUCGAAGUUACAACAAAUGUCGACCAAUGUACGUUCUUAGAUCCUUGUGCAAGGAUAGUGCUCAGGCCUCCUACUUCCGAGCGAACUACAUGGCUUGAUGUGUUUGCCUUACGUGAUAACGACAGUUAUUUACUAGACGACUGGAAGAGAAAGACUCACAAAAGAGCGAUAAUAUUUCCCUUAAAGCCUUGUGUAUUCAUAGGUAUACAAACUGUCUGCCCCAAUAAUAUCACAGGUUAUUUAACCAGGUAUUACGGCAACGAUUUUGCAACGAAAUCGCAUUAUGUUUGCAAAAAUGAAGAAUGGAUCGCAAACACAGAUGAUGCCAAACAAAUAGCCGUUCCCCGUUGUCCAGAGAAUGAUCUUUUUUGCAAAGCGAAUGUUUUCAUACGUGGAAUAAAAAAUAAGAUCAAAUAUUAA